AAUGUGUAACUUGAACAAUUGCAAAUAGGCUGUUUAAAGAUCUGUUAAAGGAUGAUGAUUCAAGGUCAUCUCUUGGGUUUAAAACUAGGAGUUUUGAGUAAGACAUUCUAUCUACAGAGGUCUCGGAAGGAUGAGCUGGUGGAAGAUAUUAUUAGGUGUCCUUGGUGGAGCCGUUUUACUGGCUGUUGGGUUACUUAUCGGUCACUUUGGUAUAACCAAGACCAAGACGAUCAAUCCAGAGUGGGUGGAGGAACUUUCUCAAGAUGUUGAUGAAGCUUUUAUCAAGGAAUUCAUGAAGGAAGUGGAUAAUAAGAAAAUUGAAGAGCAUCUGAAGGAACUUAGUAAGAAGCCACACAUGGCCACAACUACUGGUGAUGAGGAACUGGUGAAACUGAUUCUCGCCCGUUGGAAUCAUGCAGAAUAUGGUCUGGAUGAUGCUAAGCAAGAACGAUAUAAUGUCUAUCUCUCCUUUCCAGAUAAGAACAAGCCAAACACUGUUAAAGUGUUGACGGACAACGGUCAGAACCCAUUUACUUGUAGACUGACAGAAGCUAAUGUGACGCCGGAUCAAGAAGAUCCUGAGGUUGUUCAACCAUAUGCAGCUUAUGCCCCAAGUGGUAACCCCAAGGGGAAGCUGGUUUAUGCAAAUCAAGGCAAACUAAGUGAUUUCCAGUAUUUGGCAGAUCAAUCAAUAACACUGAAUGGCACCAUUGCAAUUGUGCGUUAUGGAGGAGCUGGCAGGGCUGCUAAGGCCAUCAAUGGAGCCAAAUUUGGGGUUGUUGGUAUCAUUGUAUAUACAGACCCCAAAGACAUCAAUGAUGGGCUAGCUGAGCGAAACCAAACAUACCCCUACUCUUGGUACAUGCCUGAAUCAGGGGUUGAGCGGGGUUCUUACAGUGAAGACUUUGGAGACCUACUGACUCCAUAUUAUCCUGCUAAAGACUAUACUUAUCGAAUCAAGAAGUCUGAGAUAAAUGGGAUUCCACCGAUCCCCACACAGCCAAUAGGAUUUGAAGAUGCCAAGACUUUAAUUUGUCAGCUGGCAGGUCCAGUAGCUCCUCAAUCCUGGCAAGGCUCCCUUGGCUGUCCCUACAAUUUAGGGCCUGGCUUUAUAUCCAGCGGUAAAUUUAAUAACAGUGAUGUUCAGGUGAAUGUGUAUAACUAUGAUGAAAUAAAGCCUUCAGCCAAUGUGAUGGGAAUUAUCAGAGGAAGCGUUGAACCAGACAGGUAUGUCAUGUAUGGUAAUCACAGGGACAGCUGGGUCCAUGGAGCCAUAGAUCCAAGUAGUGGAACUGCCGUGAUGCUGGAAAUUACUAGAGUUCUUGGCACCAAACUCAAGCAAGGAAAAUGGCGUCCACGGAGAUCCAUCAUUUUUGGAAGCUGGGGAGCUGAAGAGUUUGGUUUGAUUGGCUCAACAGAAUUUGCAGAGGAUUAUUACAGCAAACUCAGAGACAGAACUGCGGCCUAUAUCAAUGUGGAUAUUUCUGUCUUUGCCAAUGCCACACUGAGGGCCCAGGGGACACCGCCUGUUCAAGAUGUAAUUUUUACAGCAGCAAAACAGGUGCAGACCCCAGCCAGUUCUGCUCUCAGCGUAUAUGAGAACUGGAUUCGUUACGCAAAUCGGUUCAGUACCCUUUACCAGAAAACGAUACCUCAGCUGGGAACCCUGGGAGCCGGCAGCGAUUAUGCCCCUUUCCUGCACUACCUGGGUAUCUCCUGCAUGGAUAUUUCUUACACAUAUGACAGGAACAAAACAUCAGCAAGAAUAUAUCCUGCUUAUCACACCGCGUUCGAUACCUUUGAUUACGCAGCUAAAUUUAUUGAUCCAGGAUUUACGAGUCAUCAGACGGUCGCCCGAACGGCUGGAAACGUGUUGCUGCGCCUCUCUGACAGCCUUAUCCUACCACUUGGGCCGCUGGAUUAUUGGGAAACACUAGAUUCAUAUUAUAAUACUGCAGAAAGUACCUUUGGAAGCACCCUCACUUCAAAGGGGAUCUCUCUAGCUCCUUUGAAGGCAGCUGUAGAACAAUUCAAAAAGGCUUCUGAGGCUCUAAAAAAGACAAUCGAUGAACUGAAAGCUGACAAUGAAAGGCCACUAAGCGUGCGAAUGAUCAAUGACCAAAUAAUGCUCCUAGAACGUGCCUUCAUUAAUCACUAUGCCUUUCCAGAAAAACGAUAUUACAGUCAUGUGUUAUGGGCCUCUCGAAGUUCCAGUGUGGUCACAUUCCCUGGCCUUGCAGAUGCCUACGCCAGGGCAUCUGCAUCCAACCUGGAAGACGACUGGGAUCUUGUGCGCAAACACCUGACCAUUGUUAUCUACGCAGUGACAAAUGCCGCAUCAACCCUUGAGACAGCUGCCUCCAUUUAAAUGAAGCCGUCUGCAAAAUCAUGUAUAUAUAUUUUAAGUACCUUAUGGCUCUAUAAAUAUCCUUUUGUAAAUGACGGCAAUGAAGCACUUAUUGUGUAUUGUUUGUGCGAGUGCUGAGCAUCAUAUCAGCCAACGUGUCACGACCAGAUACAGUGAUACAUUCCGUUUGAUAACCAUUAUUAAAAUAUGUAUGCUUCAGGAA